AUGGAAGAUAAUGAUAAAACGACAUCCUCAAAUCAAUGCUCGAAGCGUGUUAGCUACGAAUGCGAAACUUGUUGUAAAACCGUCUAUUCCAAGUCGCACAAACAGUUCCACGAUGAAGUACACCGUACUAACCGUUAUGCAUGUACCCGGUGCAACAAAACCUAUGUACACAGGCGUGAUUUGGAGCUGCACCACAAGGUGCACAGUGCACCGGGUCGUUUCCAUUGCACCCGAUGUAGGGCCAGCUUCGACAGUGCGGCACAUUUGCAGGCACACAAAGAAUCGAAACAUACACCAAAGGAGAAGUUCGCAUGCGAAUUGUGUCCGCUGAAGUUUACCCUAAAGGGUAACCUCACCAAACACCUCGUAGUGCAUGACGGUAGUCGUUCGUUUUCGUGCGAUGAAUGUGGCAAAACGUUUGUACGCACAAAUGCGCUAAAGCAUCAUAAGUUGAGCCAUCGUGUGAAGCGUUAUCAAUGCCAGUCUUGCAGUAAAGAGUUCAUCGAUGCACGCAACCUUGAACGGCACCUGAAAACCCAUUCGCGAUUGGAAGGCUUCAAAUGUUCGAUCUGUGGCAUUACGAGUACGCGCAGGGACAAUAUAGUGCGGCAUGCAAAAAGCUUCCAUCCUGAGGGUGAUCUCAAAGUUAUCGUGCUUGCGAACGGUAAUAUCAAUAAUGGCGAGAUAAAAGCGAUCAAACAGGAAGCACUCAAGAGCACUAAACCGGUACCGUUCACACCGGCAAAUCGGAUCAGCGUGAUACAGGUGGUUGGAACGCCAAAAACGCCAAUCACGUUGGUGCCGUCGGAUGAUGAUUGUACGCUCGUGAACAGUAGCUCUCCGGCCCAUGAUCCGUACCAAAUCAGUACUUUACCCACAGCUAGGCAGGAAACACCAAAAUCCUCCUUCAAUGCUCGUCUAGACAAUCUAGAAUUGUACCGGAAAAUCUUAAAACCUGCCACUACGCAAAAUAGCAGUAGCUACAACACCAGUGCCAACAGUCGAAUGACGGAAGUAGGCCAAACAAACGUCAAAGCUGAUGAUAGCGGCACGGUUAGAAACGAUCGCGUCCCAUCGGCCGAACUCGUCAGUUGGCAUAAACCAGUCGAAAAUACGGGCGACGGAGAUGGUGGGGGCAACGGUACUACUAAUAGCAGCAGCAGCGGCCUAGGAUCUAUUAAUAAUUUCUGUGAAGUUCACUGGCGUAAGCGUACCUCGCAGUACUUUAUUACCAGUAGCAAGGCGCAGAGAGACCGUUCGAUUGUGUAG